AUGAGGAAGGGAAAGGUUGGCACUAUCUUCUGCAGCCCUCGAGGCUCAGCCAAACUACAAACUCUGUAAGGCGCCAUAAAGAUAGGUCAGGACCAACCGCGCACUAUAAUAAGUGCCACGUGGGAAACACGGCACGUCUGAAAGCCCCCGACGUGCGCUCACCGCUAUUCCAACGACCGCGCGCGCGCGCGGUAUUCGGCCCAAAUGCACUGAGCAACGGGCCACCGAUUUUACGGUGAAUGUGUACGAUGGGGAGCGGGCGGAGAGAGAGGGGUGUACGACUUGAUUUUGACGCCUGCCCAGAGGGGAGGGAAGAGAACGGCAGAAUCCGCACCGGGCGCGUCGCGAGGCCGUGGCGAAUGCGCGAGGCAGGAUCGCCGAACCAUGAACGCGCAUCCCCAGAGCGGUCCGGUCGGGCGGCCAGUGAAAAGGCGAGCGGAGCUGGAGGGAGCCAGCAGCUCUCGUUUCCGGCUGCCGUCCGUCCAUCUGCCGGCGCCGUGGACCGUGACGGCGGCGGCCCGCUGACGGCCGGCCAGUGGGCCGCGCGUCGCCGUCCAUGCUGGCGGCUCUGCUGCUUCUCGUCGCUUCGUCGUCCGCGGCAGCCGCCUGGCCCCCACCGCCGACGUGGCCCGCGCCGCCCGCGCUCCAGAACAGGCCCCGGUCGCCGCAGUACAUCACCGAGCCCACCGUGUUCCGGCACGGGUCGUUCGUGUACCGGGCCCCGCCGUCGUUGCAGCAGUACCCCGAGCCUCCAUCGCUCCGGCCGGCCACUCCUUCCUCGGCGCGACUCACCACGGCCCAGCUCGCCUACGUGCUCAUCGGCUCCUGCACGGCGCUCAGCGUGCUUUGCCUGGCGGCCGUGGCCGGCUGCAGCUUCCACCGCUGCCGGCGCCAGCGGCACACUGCCUCCGCGGCCGCCGCUGCCCGGGCGGCAACCCACCUUCUCGACCCGAGCUGGUCGCUGGGGCCUCGCAACGUCGGCGGCACCUUCGGUCGCUGCAGGCUGCCGUUCGGCGCAGCGUCCAGCCUACGGGUCGGAGGAGCGGGGCCGGCCCCCAGCGAGUGCUCGACGUGCGUGCCACCGCCCAGGUGCACCUGCGUCGCCGCGGCCGGCGACUGGUCGAUGCCAGUGUGCUGGUCCUCCAACGACGAGCGCCUCGUGUGACACGGGUCACCAUCGAUCGUGCCGUUGCCACUGGCGCGCGUCGCAGUGUGUACUGACUCCUUUCACGGCCAUGGCGCACCGCGCGCUGCCGCUGCUCUACGUGAAUAUGGGCGGCGAGAUGCUCUACAUCCUGAGCCAGAGGCUGAAGGCGCAGCGGAUAGACACCGACAAAGCGCAGCGAGUGAUGUCCGACAUCGUGGCGGCCAUGUUUGGCGGACGGCUGGUGGACGAGCUGUUCCGGCCUCAACCGCUCUACUCUGCGCGGGCGCUGCGCUCGCUGUUCGAGAAACUGACGCACGCGUCAGUCAUGCGGCUCAGCCCCGCUAGCAUGGAUAAGCUCUAUGACCUGAUGUGCAUGGUGGUCAAGUACCAGCUGUGGGCAUGCUCCAGCCCCCGAGACCUGCUGCCGCUCACGCUCAGGCAUCUGGAGGCGGCCGGACCCGGCGGAUCAGCCUGUCACGUGGCGACCGCCGUCCAGAAGCAUCUGGAACCCCUGGACUUGGCCAGCCUGCAGCGCGCGCGCUACGCCCUGCUCCGCUUCUUCCAGGACCUGCGUGUUCGGGUAUCGGUGCUGCUUCGAAGCGGCGCGCAGAGGCCUAAUGGCCAGCUGGCCGUUGUUGCAGCUCCGCCGCCGGGAGGCCCGCGUCCAGGAUGCAUCAAGGAAUGGGCUCCGGGAGGUUUCCCGCUAUCCGAGAGGAGUUUCGUGGUCGACGACAACGGCGAUCCUGCCGGCGCUCGGCCCGCUCUGGGCACAAACAUGUACUCUGGGACACCGUCAGUGACGUCGCCGACGACUCCACCAAGCACGGGUGUGGCAGAGCUUGGGCUCCUGCUGCGGCUGCUGGGACCUGACGAUGAGGAGCCGGGACUCGCCAACCUCGCCCUCGACGAGCAACUGCUCAGCUGAGCGCAGCUGUGUGCCGUCACGACACGCCUUUGUCUAUAAGAGCAAUAUAAAGAUCGAUACAUUACGUUUAUUUCCUCGUCAGUCAUUUCCUGCACAUACAGCGACCACCUGAACAACAUGAAAGUGGCAACGAAGAUGCACAGAACAAGUGCGUCAUAUACAGAAGCGUUACCUUAAUACCUACAUCUGGCGAUCGGUCGCGCAAAGAGUGGGAAGCUCCGUCUG